AUGUCCAUUAAGCUAGAAAAAUCUCGAUCCAAGCUAACUAAUUUUUUACCAGAUCAAGCUGAAUUAGUACAACAAAGACUACAAGUUAUUUUACAACCAUACUACUCUAUUAUUAACAAUGACAAUCAAGAUUCAUCUACUAAAGUUUUAGCAUCUUCUAGGUUCUACUUUGAAAAUAUCAAAGUAUGUUAUCAACAAAAUCAACCACCAAAAACUCCAUUAGAAAAAUUAAAUAAUUAUCUAGAACUCCCUCCAGAGGAAAAUACUGAUUCAUUGACAUGGGGAAAAACAUAUCAAAAAAGAUAUCCAAUUCUGUCAGAGCUCACAAAGAACUAUCUUACUAUUCAGGCAACUAGUGUUCCUU